AUGUCGCAGCUAAGUAAGAACCUGGGUGAUUCGAGUCCUCCAGCGGAGGCCCCGAAGCCGCCUGUCUAUAGCCGCCCCACGGUUCUGAUGCGGGCCCCGCCUGCUUCCUCCCGGGCUCCACCGGUCCCUUGGGAUCCACCUCCAAUUGACUUGCAGGCUUCACUGGCCACUUGGCAGGCACCUCAACCUGCCUGGGAAGCCCCGCAAGGCCAGCUGCCGGCCCCGGUGCCUCCGGUGGCUCCGAUGGCCCAACCUCCGACCCUGGGGGGCCCGCUGGUCCAGGCUCCCCCACUGGGGGCCCCGAUGGGCAAGCCUCCGACUCCCGGAGUGCUGAUGGUGCAUCCGCCCCCUCCGGGAGCUCCCAUGCCCCAGCCUCCAACUCCGGGAGUCCUGAUGGUGCAUCCUUCUGCUCCCGGAGCCCCUAUAGCCCAUCCUCCGCCUCCAGGGACCCCAAUGUCCCACCCUCCCCCUCCGGGAACCCCGAUGGCCCAUCCUCCCCCUCCGGGGACCCCGAUGGCCCAUCCGCCGCCUCCGGUGACCCCGAUGGUGCAUCCUCCCCCGCCGGGGACCCCGAUGGCUCAUCCUCCUCCACCGGGAACACCGAUGGCUCAUCCUCCUCCUCCUCCUCCGGCGACGCCGAUGGCCCAGCCUCCAGCUCCAGGUGUCCUGAUGGCCCAGCCUCUGACUCCGGGAGUCCUGAUGAUGGCCCAGCCGCCGCCUCCAGCAGCCUUGAUGACCCAGCCUCCACCUUCAGGAGCUCCAAUGGCCAAGCCUCCAGGUCCUGGCGUCCUGAUGCUCCAUCCUCCAGGUGCGAGAGCUCCAAUCACCCAGCCUGCAGCCUCAGGAGCACCAAUGGUGCAACCGGUGGCUCCCCCUGCACAGCCUGUGGCUACUUGGGCCCCACAGGCUCAGCCUUUGAUCCUGCAAAUCCAAUCUCAGGUUAUAAGGGCCCCUCCACAGGUUCCCCAGGGCCCACAGGCUCCACCGGCACAGCUGGCCACACCCCCCGGCUGGCAAGCCACCUCGCCAGGAUGGCAGGCUGCUCCACAGGGCUGGCAGGCCACACCCUUGACCUGGCAGGCCACACAGGUCACCUGGCAGGCCCCGGCGAUUGCCUGGCAGGCACCACCACCUGUUCGCCAGGGGCCCCAACCCAUCCGCCCAGGUCCUCCACCUAUCCGUCCUGGCCCACCACCUGUGCGUCAGGCCCCUCCCGUAGUACGCCAGGCACCACCUGUGAUCCGCCAGGCCCCGCCUGUGAUACGUCAGGCACCACCGUUGAUCCGUCAGGCACCGCCGCCCAUUCGACCUGCCCCCCAGGUCCUGGCCACCCAGCCACAGCUCUGGCAAGCCCUGCCACCUCCACCUCCACUGCGGCAGGCCCCGCAGGCUAGGCUGCCGGCCCCACAGGUGCAGGCGGCCCCGCAGGUGCCUACGGCCCCACCAGCUGGGCAGGUACCCGCGGUGCCGCCCGCUGGCCUGCAGGUGCCCCAGCCAGUGCUGCCGGCCCCGCUGUCUGUCCCACCAUCUGCCCCACAGGCUGUGCACUGCCCAUCCAUCAUCUGGCAGGCACCCAAGGGCCAACCUCCAGUGCCACAGGAGCUGCCGACGUCGAUGGAGUUCCAAGAGGUACAGCAGGCCCAGGCAGUGGCCUGGCAGGCGCCAAAGGCACCCACCCACUUCUGGCAGCCCCUGCCCACCCAGGAAGCCCAGGGGCAGCCCCCCCGGAUCGUCCAGUUGGAGCAGCCCUUUCAGGGAGCCCCGGCCUCCCAGAAAGCACUCCAAAUCCAGCUACCCCCCCAGCAGGCCCAGCCCUCGGGCUCGCAGGCAGAGCUGCCUGCAGUGCAACUCCAGCCAUCCUGGCAAGCCCCACCAGCAGCCUUGCAGGCCCAGCCAGGAGCCCCAGUAGCAGGGGCAAAUUUUCACAGGGGCUCCACUAAAUCACUGAUGACUCCUUCAGGAGAAUGCAGGGCCUCUUCUAUAGAACAGAGGGGCUCUUCUAAGGAACGUAGGACUUCUUCAAAGGAGAAGAGAGCCCCCUCCAAGGAUCGCAUGAUCUUUGCUGCCACCUUCUGUGCUCCCAAGGCAAUGUCAGCUGCCCGAGCACACCUGCCAACAGCCUGGAAAGCCUUUCCUGCCACAUCAGAGACCUUCACUGCCACCUCAAGGGUCUUUCCAUCUACCUCCCAGUUCCAGCCUGCCUCAUCUAAUGCCUUCAAGAGCCCAUCUGCCACCUCAGAGACCCUAAAGUCACUGCCAUUUGCUCUGCAGGAUCCAUAUACCUGUGUAGAGGCCCUGCCUGCAGUCUCUUGGGUUUUGCAACCCAAUGUGAGUGCCUCAAAGGCAUCCACGGCAGUGCCCACCAUCCUGAUGGCAACUGCAGCUGCCCCCCAGACAACUGCCACUACUCAAGAGGCCACAAAGACUGCUGAGCAGCCUCAUCGCCCAUGCAAAGCCACCCAGAAGAAGAAGCAUCUGGAGACUGAAGAGGAUAAUGGUGGCCAUGUGUUAGCCUUGCGUGACUGGCAGGGUCUCAGGCCCUGGGAGAAUCUGAAUCUGAGUGGCUGGGAGGUACAAAGCCCUGUCCAGGUCCCGGGUGACUGGGAGUACCCAAACACUCCCUGUGGCCUGAAUGGCUGGGAGUGUCCUAGUACCUCCCGGAUCCUGAGUGGCUGGGAAGGUCCCAGCACAUCCUGGGCUCUGAGUGCCUGGGAGGGCCCAAGCACCUCACAGGCCCUGGGUCUCUGUGAAGCUCCAGGUAGCCCCCAGCCCUUCAUUAUCUCUGAGGUUUUAUGUCUCUCUCAGGGGUCCAGUGUCAUGCAGGAUGCAGCCAUUGUGGAGACUCGGCCAUUGUAUCCCUUCGAUGAGAGAGCAAAUGCAUUGGUGCAGUUCCUCUUGGUCAAGGACCAAGCCAAGGUGCCCAUCCAGCACUCGGAGAUGGUGAAAGUCAUCAUCCGAGAAUACAAAAACGAGUGCUUAGAUAUCAUCAACUGUGCCAACAAUAAGCUAGAGUGUGCCUUUGGCUAUCACUUGAAGGAAGUUGAUACCAAAAUUCACUCCUAUAUUGUCAUCAACAAGUUGGAGUGCCCUCAAGGUGAUGCAAUGGCAUGCUAUUUAGACAGGCCCCAGUUAGGCCUGCUGAUGGUUGUCCUGAGCCUCAUUUUCAUGAAGGGCAAUUGUGUCAGGGAGGAUCUGAUUUUUAAUUUUCUGUUCAGGUUGGGGCUGGAUGUCCGGGAGACAAAUGGUCUCUUCGGAAAUAUGAGGAAGCUCAUCACUGAAGUGUUUGUCAGGCACAAGUACCUAGAGUACAGGAGAAUCCCUUGCACUGAGCCAGCAGAGUAUGAGUUCCUCUGGGGCCCCCGGGCAUUUCUCGAAACCAGCAAGAUGCUUAUCCUGAGGUUUUUGGCCAAGCUCCACAGGAAGGAGCCUCAAUGCUGGCCUUUCCAUUACCUUGAAGCACUGGCCGAAUGUGAGUCUGAAGAUGCAGACGAUGACGAGCCUGAUGCCAGUGACAAUGGUGACGACCCCACCAGCAGCCCCCCUCCCAGCUAA